CGGGGAUGAGGCCUUUUCGGUUGUUCGAGGCUUAAAGCAGAGAAGAAGAUAACACGCUUUUCGUUGCUUGCUCGUCGCAGUCCACCAUCUGCUGCCGUGUUGCGCUUGUUGACGAAGAGGCGCUCGUUGCUGAAGGAAAAGCAAGGCGCAUCGCGGAACCCCUUUCCUGGUACAUCAGAGCCAUGAAACCGAGAUAGCCCGAACUUCAACAGACGGCAGACCAUGGACGCCGAAUCACCAGCCGAGAAGGAGAACAGGACUCGUUCCUUGUGGAAGAAACUGGACACACAAAACGAGGGCUUCCUCGACUUCAAGGCCCUCAGGAAGGGUCUGAAGAAGCUCGAUCAUCCUCUGAAGAAUGCAGAUGGUUUGAUAGAGGAUGUACUCGAGGCUGCCGACCUCAACAACAGUGGCCGUAUCGAAUAUGAUGAGUUCCGCAAAUUCGUCGAGCAAACCGAACGAGAACUUUGGCAACUGUUCCGAAGCAUCGACCGCAACAACGAUGGCACCCUUGACAAGAACGAGCUACGCGCCGCCUUUGUCCGCGCCGGUCUAGCCGUGCCCAACUCGCGCCUCGAUAGCUUCUUCGACGAUGUAGACACAGACAACGAUGGCGCCAUCAAUUUUGAGGAUUGGCGUAACUUCCUCCUGUUUAUGCCAACAAACUCGCCAGGCAUCAAGGCCGUCAUGUCAUAUUAUCAGUCGGCCAUGAAGGUGACUGCAGAGGGCGAUGUGUCGGUCAGUGAUGAGACUAUCCAGGGACUAGGUACUGCAACCUCCUUUCUUAAACACUCGCUCUUUGGGGCCAUCACCCGAAUUGCUUCACCACCACCAGCACCAGCACCAUCACGGCAGUAUUCUGAUCAUCAUGAUACUCUGCCCGAAAGCAAUCCACCUCUCCCGUCACUCCACAAAGAAGCCGCUGUUGUCUCUGAUCACGACGACCGAUCACAUGCAUCGCGUGCCUGGGCCUUUAUGAGCAUGCUGACGGAGUUCGUCCCUGAUCCAGGCUAUUUCCUGGCUGGUGGCAUAUCAGGCGUCGCUUCGAGAACUACAACCGCCCCGCUAGAUCGAUUAAAGGUCUACCUCAUCGCCCAGACCGGCAGUAACGAAGCAGUACAAGCCGUCAAAAGUGGUGCACCCGCAGCAGCAGCAAAAUCGAGCGCAAACACUUUAGCCAGAGCCUGCAAGGAACUAUGGGCAGCAGGCGGUAUUCGCAGUUUAUUUGCCGGCAAUGGUCUAAAUAUUGUCAAGGUCAUGCCUGAGUCCGCCGUAAAGUUCGGCUCGUAUGAAGCUGCGAAAAAGAUGGUCGCAAGAUUCGAAGGACACAGCAACACGCGAAAUAUUUCACCAGUCUCGCAGUUCGUUGCUGGAGGCCUCGCAGGCAUGGUGUCACAAGCCGUCGUCUAUCCCCUCGACACUUUAAAAUUCCGGAUGCAAUGUGAGACUGUACCAGGCGGUUUACGUGGGACAAAACUUAUCGCAGCCACCGCAGCCAAGAUGUGGGCUAAGAACGGCAUCUUCGCUUUCUACCGAGGCUUACCAAUGGGUCUUGUUGGCAUGUUCCCCUACGCUGCCAUCGAUUUGGGUACCUUUGAGUAUUUGAAACGUACCAUUACGGCGUACAACGUCAAAAAGUAUGGUGGACACGAGGCAGACAAUGCGCCUAGUAGCUUUGCAACAGCUCUCAUAGGUGGCUUUAGCGGUGCCAUUGGAGCUUCCGCAGUCUACCCCGUCAACCUUCUACGUACCAGACUGCAGUCUCAAGGUACUGCCAGUCAUCCCAGGACCUACACGGGAAUUAUGGACGUCACCCGACAGACCCUUGCUGGAGAAGGUGUCAGAGGUCUGUUCAAAGGCCUGACACCCAACCUGCUCAAGGUCGUGCCUGCAGUCUCCAUCACCUACGUCGUUUACGAAAACACCAAGAAAGCCUUGAACCUACGCUGAUUAGCGAAUUCCGCACACCCAAUCGACUGCUUUACGACCGAGAUACCCACAACCCUCUCCACUCAAUGAGUGGCAAAGUCAGCACUCUAUACCCUGCAGUCUACACUGCCCAACCUGGAACCCGCCAUAUUCCAGUCUUCUUCGUCCCUCAUGCAUUGCGCAAGGCGCUACAUUGGAGUUUGGCUUUCACUCUGUUCUUUCGGAUUGUUUUUUUGGGUGGCAGAAGUUUCGGGUUGGCAUAAAUCCGCCAACCAGCACGCAAGAUGUGCAAAACUAUAUCUUCUGUUCAGUUUGCCAGCGAAAGGCGUGCCGUACCAUCUGUUUCGUUGGACGUUUGCUGUUUGUUUUCUAUAUCCUACAAUUUAGACCUCAGGAAUUGUCAUACCCACUUGUUUGAAUCAAGCCUCAGUCUGUUUAACCUGC